AUGCUUCUGUUCCCUCGAAGCUCAUGCCGGAAAGCUUCCCGCUAUAGGAAGAGCUGUGGUGGCCUCCUCGCCAGGCUCAAUUCCUCUUUCACCUCCGACCAAUUCGCUCAACUCGCUUCUCGCCCGACCUCCCUUCACCAGAUCUAUCAAUCUCUCUCGAGCGAUCCCUAUGUCAACCUCUCCAUCGAACAUUUCUUGCUUGAACAUGCUCCGCCAGAAUCGGCAGUCCUAUUUCUAUACGUCAAUCGACCGUGCGUUGUUAUCGGCAGGAAUCAGAACCCUUGGCUAGAGACCAAUCUGCGGAAACUCCAGAACGAUCGCGAUCGCGACUGCGCCAGCUAUGAAUCUAAAGGCGAGGAUGCCGUUUUCGUUCGGCGGCGGUCCGGCGGUGGUGCCGUCUUCCACGAUGCCGGCAACCUUAAUUACAGCGUGAUAUCGCCGCGAACAAGCUUCACGCGAAACAAACAUGCGGAGAUGAUGGUGCGGGCAUUGCAUCGCGUCGGCGCGGUCAAUACGAGUGUCAAUGACCGCCAUGAUAUAGUCAUGUCCCUGAAUGGGAAUAUGCCGCGGAAGAUCUCCGGGUCUGCAUUCAAGCUGACAAGGUUCCGCGCCCUGCACCAUGGGACUUGUCUACUCGACUCGCCCAACAUAGACAGCCUUGGGUCUUUUCUCCGCUCCCCAGCUAGGGAUUAUAUCAAAGCCAAGGGUGUCGAGAGCGUCCGGUCACCGGUGGCCAAUGUGUCGUCCGCAAUGAUGGAUGCGCCGGCUCCCUUCUCAAUCCAGGCGGUUAUUGCCAGUGUAAUGGAGGAGUUUGCGAUUCUUUAUCAGACCAAUCCGGAUGCGGUACGCCGGGCUCAACGGUCCCAUGCUAAUGAGUCCGAGAUUUAUGCUGGAGAUGAUUGGGUUGCCGGGGCUGUAGGUGAUCCUGAAGCGUAUCAAGUGCCCGAGAUAAAAAAGGGCUUGGACGAGCUGACAUCGCUGGAGUGGAAGUACACUCAGACCCCACAAUUUACGUUCUCUACGUACCCUAUUGAGGAAGACCCUCGCGAACGACCGGCGCUCCCGCCGUCGGUACCCUCCUCGACGCGUGUAUUCUUACGCCUGAAGCAUGGCGCUAUCAUUGAAAGCUGUAUAUCCGUCUCCAGCGAACCAAUCCUCGCUGCAGAACAGGCGAGUCGGGUCCACGGCGCCCUGAACGGGCGGAAUUUACAUGAGCUACAGCUGCAGCAGUGGACAGAUAUACUCGUCAAUCGGCUGUCCCCGGACGAAGAACCGGCAGUCAUUCGAGAGCUUACAAAAUUUAUUGCGAGCCAAUUCGGUUGUUCGUAG